ACCAAAAGCAGGGUCUCAUUCUGACAACUUACACAAGCGCUUCCCCGGGGAAAACAAUGAAAAAUAAUUACCGACUUCCAUAUAUGUGGCCUAGAAAUCCUUAGGAUAACGUGCUCUUCUCAUUUGCAUGAGAAGAUAUUGAAUGAGGCGUUAGGCCUCAUUAUUGAAAAACGGUGGGCACACCAAAUUACACCAAUGCGUCAGUGUUUGGCUGUCCCGGGACAACAGAGGAUAUACCAAGUGUCCGAGACAAUAUCUAAUCGUGCUCAACCUCAGCGAAACUACUUAUAACUAGCUACACAUAGUAAAAGUUGUUUCUAACUAAAUAAUCAAGAUUCAUAGCAGAGAGAGCAAAGCAAACAAAAACAAUGGGGCAUGUGGUUCUUGAUGGUGAAUCCUCCUCAACAACUCCUCGUGUUGUUCUGUUCCCCUUCAUGUCAAAAGGCCAUACAAUUCCUCUUCUCCAACUAGCCCGCCUCAUCCUCGCCCGAGGCAUCGACGUUACCAUUUUCACCACCCCUGCAAACCUCCCCUUUGUUUCGUCUCGUCUAGCUGACACUGCGGCCUCCAUCGUGGCCUUGCCAUUCCCUGAAAAUGUCGAUGGCCUUCCAUUAGGAGUCGAGAGCACGGACAAGCUCCCGUCUAUGUCACUCUUUGUGACGUUUGUGACGUGCACCAAAUUGAUGAAACCUUGGUUUGAAGAAGCGUUAGGGAGGUUGAGUAAUGUGAGUUUUGUGAUCAGUGACGGUUUUCUAGGCUGGACGCUUGAUUCGGCUAAUAAGUUUGGGAUCCCGCGGCUGGCGAGUUAUGGUUUUAAUGCUUUCAGUUGUGCUGUAAUUCAAUCUGUAGAAGCCAGUGGAGUAAUCUUUGAGGCCGAGUCUGAUGAUGAGUUGUUUCAAGUCACUGAUUUUCCGUGGAUUAAAUUGACAAGAAAUGAUUUUGAUUUGCCUAUCAAGGAUCGCGUAAAAGAAGGUCCUGGCUAUGAGUUUUAUAAGGAGUCGAUCAUGGCAACCAGUAAGAGCUACGGCGUUUUGGUGAACAGUUUCUAUGAGCUGGAGCCGGAGUUUUUGGACUACUUGAAUCAUAAGAGCCAGCCGAAAGCAUGGCCUAUUGGACCUCUCUGUUUGGCUGAACCACCAAAAGCUAUGGCCACAAGCGAAAAGCCUGUGUACUUGAAAUGGCUAGAUGAUAAAUUAGAGGAUGGUAGGAGGUCAGUCCUUUACGUGGCGUUUGGGUCGCAAGCAGAGAUAUCAAAAGACCAGCUUCACGAAAUCAAGACCGGGCUGGAGAAAUCAGGGGUGAAUUUCUUGUGGGCAGUGGGGAAAAAUGGAAACGAAGUGGAUCAUGAGUUUGAAACCAGAGUAAAAGACAGAGGACUCGUGGUGAGAGACUGGGUUGAUCAGAUGGAGAUACUGAGACAUGAAAGUGUGACAGGCUUUUUAAGUCACUGCGGCUGGAACUCAGUGUUGGAGAGUAUUUGUGCAAAGGUGCCUAUAUUGGGGUGGCCGAUGAUGGCGGAGCAGCCGCUGAAUGUGAGAAUGGUGGUGGAGCAGAUAAAGGUCGGGUUGAGGGUGGAGACGUGUGAUGGAACCGUGAAAGGGUUUGUUAAGUGGGAGGGGUUGGAGAAGACGGUGAAGGAAUUGAUGGAGGGGGAGAUGGGCAAGGUGGUGCGGAAAAAUGUGGAGUUAACAGGUGAUGCGGCGGCCAAGGCCGUGCUUGACCAAGGGGGAUCAUCUUGGAAGGCUUUGAGUGAACUUAUCCAGGGCAUUCAUGCAUUCAGAAAGAACAAAUAAAAUUCUCAAAACCACAAAAUUCCUUUGCCUUGUUUUAAUGUAUUGAUCUAUUCUCAAUUUCAAAAAAAAAAAAAGGGGGAUCAUCUUGGAAGCCUUGAUUUAUUCUCAAUUUCAAAAAAAAAUAAAAUAAUAAUAAUAAUAAUAAUAAGGGAAAAUAGAUUUUAUUGUCACUCAACUUAUAGCGUUUUUAGAAAUUUACCACCCAACUAAUUUAUUUUUUCUUUUAGUCACUAAUGUUAGGUUUGGU